AUGGGUUGCGAUGGAGGCUCAAUCCCGACCCGUCGAGAACUCGUAAAAGAAAAACCAAAAACUAUCAUCCCAGACGCCGUAAUCCAACAAAUCCAACAAUGGCUACAUUGUGCACUCUCAAAACAACCGCUAGCUGCCCCUAUCGUAUCUUGUGGUCUCGGCAAACUAUACAAUAAAGAAGCAAUCCUCUCAUACCUCGUAAACAAGGCCGAAUUCGGAGAUGGAGACACCAUCUGUCGACACAUCACUUCACUAAAGGAUGUCACAACGUUGAAUCUACAGCCUAAUCCAGUAUAUUCGAAAUCACAUGAAGAUAGUAAUGCAGUCACGAACAAUAAUACGGCUAGAACAAUCGUGUCGCCGUUUGUGUGUCCCAUCACGCUCAAGGAGAUGAAUGGGAAGCAUCGAUUCAGCUAUAUAAGUACAUGCGGAUGUGUAUUCUCGGAAGCUGGAUUGAAACAAGUGCCUGAUCCAGGCUGUCCCAACUGUGGUAAAUUAUAUACAGCUCAAGACGUCAUCCCCAUAAACUCGCUACUGGAAGAUGAGAUUGCUAGACUACAUACUCGUAUGGAUGCCAUCAAGGCUGAGAGGGUCCGAGUCGCUGAAGAACGAAAGGCUGAGAAGGCUCUUGCUGCUGGUGGUGACAAGAAGAAUACGGAUGGCAAAAAACGUAAAAAGGAAGCCACCAACGAUACCACCACCGAUAAUAAUAGCAACCCACAUAAGAAACAAGCAAUCACCAACACAAUAAACAAGAACAUAAAUGCUUCGAUACCUUCAAACUUGAAUGCUAAAUUGGCUGUAUCGUCUGCUAAACUCACUCAUGAAUCAGAAGCUAUCCAGAGCUUGUAUGCCAAGAAAGCUCCAGGUGAGACCAAGAAGCAGACAUGGAUGACUCAAGGCACUUUUACAAGAUAUAGUAAUUUUGCUUGA